AUGGCGAAGCCGGAUGUUGAGAUUCCAAGUGAAAUGCUUGCGGUUCAAGUGGUCAAGGUGAAGAGAAUAUGCCAUUGCGAAAGAGGAACAUAUAGCACUGACUUGUAUCCAGUAUGCAUCACGCCGGCCAUCAACAAAAUCCCUACGCCCUCUCCGGCCAAACUCGGGCCGCACGACAUGCUGCUUCGCACGGCGGUUGCCUCUCUGUGUCAUACAGACUUGAUGGUGCUAGACGGCGUCUUCCACACUCCGCUGCCCAUUACCAUGUCACUCGAGGGCACAGCCGUGGUUGUCGCCACGGGGGCAUCGGUCACGAACUUCAAAAUCGGCGACCGUGUCAUGUCGGGUAUUCCACUGCACCAACGUGGCAGGUGCGAGCACUGCAACCCUCCUGACGGCAAGGAUUGGGAUCAGACCACGAACGGAGCCACCGUCAUCAUCACGGAUGAGGCAUUCGCGGAGUUUCACGUCGUCGAUGCUCUGACGAGUUGUCACGUUCCGGACGACGUAAGUUUCAUAACUGCCGCGCCGCUCCCCUGUGCCGGGGUCACCGUCUACCGUGCUGUGUUGGUCAGUGAGGUCAAGGAGGGCGGAUGGCUUGCCAUCGUGGGCGCGGGAGGAGGCUUAGGACAUUUUGGCGUGCAGUUUGCAAAGGCGAGGGACAUCAACGUGAUUGCAAGGGCCAUGGGCGCACACCAUGUAUUGGACGCUCGCGAAGGCAAGGCAGCCAUCGUGGAAAAAGUCAAGGCCCUGACAAACGUCAACGGCGUGGAAGUCACCGUCAACGUGAGUGAUCAUCCUUCCACCGCGGCUCUCUCUGCUGCAAUGACUCGCAUGCACGGCACAGUUGUCCAGGCAGCUCAGCCAGAAGAGAUCAUUGUGCCGUUCCAGGAUGUCGUGCUGCGAGACGUCACGAUCAAAGGUACUAUGCUCGGAGGUCGCGACUUGAGCCAGGAGAUGUUGGACUUCGUGGUCCGGCAUCACAUUAAAGACUCAAGUUUUCUAUGGCCUUGA